AUGGCAGCAUGGAGUAAAAACCUACAGUUCGUCCCACCGCUGACACAAGAUAAAAUUGAGAACUGGGCCAAUGAGACGGCGAAAAUACCUCGAUCAAAACAGAAAAAGGGUUAUGGCAACUUCAUUGAAGGAUAUGUACAUGAAGUUGAAAUACAAACAUGCAAGGAUGUUGUUCGUGCCAGAGCCAAGGCAUUCCCAUCCAUGAGAAAAAAUAACCCACCAUAUAAAUUGAUGGUUGAAUUGUGUAAAACAUCCUCAGUCAUUUUGCUUUCACAGUGUGAGUGUAAAGCUGGAAAUGGGCACUGCAGUCAUUGCAUAGGAAUACUGUACCUUUUGUGUCACUACCAAAGACUCGGAUUGAAGGCUGUACCACCAAUGCAGAGUAAAACAUCUUUGCCACAGACCUGGCAUAUUCCCCAGAGAAUAGAGGGAUUGGAACCAAAGCCAGUACAUAGUUUGGAAAUUUGCAAGGUGAACCCUAAAAAGGAACCACCCAAGAAGAAAAGGCGAGUAACCGAGGGAGUCUUACCAAACCUUUACUGUCCAGUUCAGUCGAUUCCAAGUGCACAGUUCACAAGCACACUGCUUGAGCAACUCUCGGCAAUGAAAAGUGAUGCACAGAUUUUACGCACGUUAUCCCAUUCAGAUGUCAAAGAGUCGCCAUCCAAGUUUGGAGCAGUACCGAAAGGAUCUGUGCUUUCUUACCAACAAAAACCACUUACUGAAAUUGGUGAUAUAAUCAAUGACAAUGAACAACAAACUUUCCCAGAAUUUUUACUACCAGAACAACCUGAUCACUAUAAUAGAGUAUUGAACUGUGCUGAGUAUGACAUUUUCAUGGGCAUGCAGACUGAUCGAACUCAUGCACUAGAAUUAGAAGAGCAGACUCGCUCACAGAGUGCUACUAAAUUAUGGCAUGAAAUUCGAUGCCACAGGAUCACCUCUACCAUGUUUAAAGACAUAUGCGUCAGGAGGGCAAAUCAUGAAAAACUGGCAGUGCGUCUUUUAAAGAGCAAAAAUAUUCAAACUGCAGCAAUGAAAUUUGGCUUGGAAAAUGAACCUGCUGCAGCUAAAUUGUAUUCAGAUAUAACUGGAAAUAAUGUUUACUUGUGUGGUUUUGUAAUUAACCCUAGUUCUCCAUACCUUGGAGCAUCUCCUGACAGAAAGAUUUUUGAUCCAAAUUCUACACCACAGUUUGGGCUUCUGGAGAUCAAAUGUCCCGACAAAGAUUCUUUCCAGGAAUGUCUAUACCUUAAAAUUACCAAUGAUGGGACUUACAAACUGAAGCAAUCUCAUCAAUACUAUUACCAAGUGAUGGGGCAGAUGGGUCUUACUGGACUCCAGUGGUGCGACUUUUUUGUGAAAUGUAGACAUGAUUACCAUAAGGAGAGGAUUAACUUUAAUGCAGAGAAGUGGGAAGAAAUCAAGUUGUCUCUGGACAGAUUUUACUUCAGUUAUUUCUUGUCCGAAAUUCUUAAAAUGAAGUAGUCUUUUUUUUACUUGACAUUAAUGACAAUAAAUAUUGUUCAGAAUUGAUUGAACAUAACAAUAAGAAUUUAACAAUGCUUUUGUGUGUAAUUACACAUACAUUGUAAAU